ACCUAGCAAGUAAAAACCAUAAUUCAAGGAUCGGAAAUUAGGGGUGCGAAAAUAAUAAGCAACGGUAUCUCACUUUUCUGAAGGCAAAAAAAUUGGAAAUUUGACCUAAAAAUAAGCUCCGAACAUUUGACCAGCAACACCGAAGUUAGAGAGAUCGACAGCAAAGCAGCUGUUGCUACCAGGUUGCCAACCAUGUCUUUCUUUGUUGUGUCUCAGCUACAUACGUAGAUUAACUUGCUUUUUGUUUUGUCACUUCCUGCAUGCUCCUCCCAUCAUCACCUCGAAAUUGUCCUAAAACCUGAAAGAAAGAGCAAGCACUAGGGAGAUGACAGGGAAAAAGGAAAAAGCCAAGGAGAAAAGGGAGAAGAGACUCCAAGAGAUUUCCCUUCUUAGGACCAUUCCUUAUUCUGAUCAUCAGAGGUGGUGGUCACAAGAAACUAUUGCUGUGGUAACUGGUGCUAACAGAGGAAUUGGGUUUGAGAUUGCAAGACAACUUGCCGGGCAUGGAUUGACAGUAAUACUAACAUCAAGGGACACUAGUGUUGGCAUUGAAGCAGCCAAGGUCUUACAAGAAGGAGGUUUCAAUGUGGAUGUCCAUCAGCUUGAUGUCUUGGAUGGUGAAUCAAUUUCAGAGUUUACUGAAUGGAUAAAAGAAAAAUAUGGAGGCAUAGAUAUUCUGGUUAAUAAUGCAGGUGUUAACUACAAUCUUGGGUCUGAUAAUUCUGUGCAAUUUGCACAGCAGGUAGUUGACACCAACUAUUAUGGCACCAAAAAUAUGAUUAAAGCAAUGAUUCCAUUAAUGAGACCUUCUGCUGCUGGUGCUCGUAUUGUUAAUGUGAGCUCACGGCUAGGUAAACUAAAUGGCCGGCGCAAUAGAAUUCAAGAUGCAAAUUUGAGAGAAGAACUAUUCAAUUUGGACACUCUGUCUGAGGAACUGAUUGAUAGGACAGUGUCUACUUUCCUACAACAAGUUGAAGAUGACACUUGGCAAUCAGGUGGUUGGCCUCAGACAUUCACUGACUACUCAAUAUCUAAACUUGCUGUUAAUGCUUACACUAGGCUGGUGGCAAAAGAACUCUCUGAUCGGCCAGAAGGUGAAAAGAUAUAUAUCAACUGUUACUGCCCAGGAUGGGUGAAGACUGCUAUGACAGGUUGGGCAGGCAAUAUUUCAGCUGAGGAUGCAGCUGACACUGGAGUCUGGCUUGCCCUGCUUCCUGAUGUGGCAAUAACUGGAAAAUUUUUUGCAGAGAGACGGGAAGUGAACUUCUGAGGCUAUGAAGCUUACUAUUGCAGGGUUUAGGAAUCCGUUCUAUUCUUGAAGAUUUCAUGGCUUAAAACAGCUGAAAGCAACUUGUUUGAGAAGGUUUGUCUGCCCUGCAUUAUGCAAAAAAGAAUUGCCUUGUGGUAACUACCGAAGGAUGAGAGCUAGCACCUGUUAUUAUUGAAAUGGAAAUUCGAAAACAUGGAAGGUGCAAUCUGUUUAACCUUCAAAGGAUUAUAGUCACACACUUAACAGAGUGUAAACAGUACUCCGAGUUCUAUGGUAAUUUUUUUAAGUCAAAAUAUGUUUAUUGCUCCUUUCCACCAAUGAAGCUCUAGUUUAAGGCUCAUCAAGUAUUUUUGUUUAUGGGUUCUUUUGUAUUUGAUCUUUCAGAUUGAGGACUCGAUUUAUGUUGAGACUACUAGUUAGCUCUUUUUA